UAGAAGUGUGUCAGUGCAGGUGUUGGGGUGUAAGGAGGCGUAUAUUUGAGGGUCAAGUUGCAUGUGUUUGUGUGUGCGUGUGUGUGUCUCAAAAGGCUGAUUACAUAUAGUUAACCAGCAGGUGUUUGACCACACACAUAUACAUUACAAUUAAAAUGUAUUUAACAAGGUUUUCUUUCAGACUUAAGACUCCUGAAGCUGUAUACCCCUGUUUGCAAAGGCUAAACCUUAGCCUAAUGGCACAGUCCAAUUAACCAGGCUUAUCUACAUAGGAAGGUGUUGACCAGCAGCUCAGCCUUUUACCAGAAGCAAGGUGCAGAGGAGUCUUCACAGGGCUCCUUUAAGUGUCUGCACUCAUAGCUUGUACAUUUUAAAGUGAUAAAUAUGACAGCAGCUCUCUCUGAUGUUUCUUUUUAUCAACUGUCUUGGAGCCACAGAAUACAUUAUACAACAUGUCAAGUCAGUGGAAUUCCCCUUUAAGUAUUGUUACUCACAUGCAUCCUGUAUUAAAAGCAACGCGGUGAUCAGUUCUACGCAAUAUAAAACAGCAAUGGAUACACUUCUCUCCUUAACUAACCUUCAAAAUGCUCCUACACACACACAUACACACACACUAGUGGUCACAGUGGUCUGACAGUCUGACCUGCUGUGAGGCUUGGUGAAGUAAAGGUGACUCACUCCCUCUGUCUAACCCCGCUACAAACACACAGACCACAAACGCACAUAUGGGCGCUCACAAACACACACCACAACGCCCUCUCCCUCCGUUUCGCUUGCCCUAACCACAGCUACUUCCUCGGUGAGGACUGUUGGCUGAGGGGGGCAGGUGGUUAGUUUGAUUACACACUCACACACAAGCACACAACAAAGCCACAAUGCCAGAUUAAUAGAAGAGAAAGACUCUUCGGCGACUUUGAAUGUCAAAAAGCUCAUCAACAAGGGGAUCUGGAGAACCACAUACUCAACGCUGAGAGAGAGAGAGGAAGAUGGUGACAGAGAGGAAGAGCGGAAGCAGAGCUGCAAACACGUCCACGGACAGAGAAGACACCAUGUAGAGAAAGGUACACAGAAUGAGUUUUGUGGAUUAUUCUGCAUCUGAGUGGACGACUGGGAAAACCAAGGAGCUUUUUCAACCACCUCUUUCUCAGGAGCGGGACACCUCAGCUGGGAUGAAAAAAGGUGGAGUCUGAAAAACAUCUGAAGAGUAAUCCUUUCAUGGCAUCCAACAGUGUCUUUGGGUCAUUGUCGUCAGCUUUGAUUAUAGACCCAGCCCCUGGCCGGCGUUACACCCCCCCCUCCACCACCCUCGCCUCGGGGGGGAAGAUGGCCGAGGCCCUGCCCCUGGGUGCCCAGGAGGCCGGAGGCGGGGCCUCUCUGGUGGGCAAACUGCGCAUGGCUGACCGAGGCAUGGUGGAGGUGAUCUCAGAUCAUCCGGGGGAACUGGUGAAGACGGACAGCCCCAACUUCCUGUGCUCCGUGCUGCCCACACACUGGAGGUGCAACAAGACCCUGCCCAUCGCUUUCAAGGUGGUUGCCCUUGGCGACACCCCUGACGGCACCUUGGUUACGGUGAUGGCGGGAAACGACGAGAACUUCUCCGCUGAGCUUCGUAACGCCACGGCCGCCCUCAAGAACCAGGUGGCCCGAUUCAAUGACCUGCGCUUUGUGGGCCGCAGCGGAAGAGGGAAGAGUUUCACUCUGACCAUCACCGUGUUCACCAACCCUCCUCAGGUGGCCACGUACCAGAGAGCCAUUAAGAUUACAGUGGACGGCCCCCGAGAGCCAAGACGUCAUCGUCAGAAGAUGGAUGAAGUUAAACCCGGAACGCUGGCUUUCUCCGAGAGGCUCACAGAGCUGGAGCAGCUGAGACGGAGCUCCAUGAGGUUGACGCCUCCUCACCACCAUCACCAUCAACACCCCGCCAACAGCCGCCAGUCUGCAGCACUCAACUCUGCCGCCUUCUCCAGCCCUGCACACGCUCAGAUUACUGCUGACUCCAGGCAGAUGCAGUCAUCUCCAUCUUGGUCCUACGACCAAUCGUAUCCCUACCUUGGCCAGAUAACCACGCCCACUGUCCACACAGCCAAUCCCCUUUCGCCUGGUCGAUCUUCGCUCAGUGACCUGUCCUCGCGUCUCACAGGUCCUGACCUCACAGCCUUUGGCGACCACAGGAUGACCUUGGAACGACCUUUCACCUCCCUCCCCUCCUUACCUGACUCCCGCUUCUCGGAUCCCCGGGUCCACUACCCCUCUACAGCCACCGCCUUCACCUACGCCCCCUCUCACAACGCCGUAUCCAAUGGCGCCCUCGGCCUAUCCAUGGCGACGGCCAUGGCGAACACUCCAGCGGGGAGGUACCACACCUACCUGCCUCCCCCCUACCCGGCGAACACCCCCCACCAGGGUCAGAACGGGCCCUUCCAGUCCACCUCCUCACCGUAUCACCUGUACUAUUCCACCACCGCCGGAUCAUACCAGUUCUCAAUGAUGGCCGGCGGUGGGGGAGGCACCGACUCUCGCUCCCCGCCCAGGAUCCUGCCGCCGUGCACCAACGCCUCCACAGGCUCCUCCCUCCUGCACCCCUCUUUGCCCAAUCAGAAUGAAGGAGUGGGGGUGGAGGUGGAGUCCAGCCACAGUAGCUCCCCCACAAACAUGGCCGCUGCAGAGUCCGUCUGGAGACCGUACUGAAGCAGGCUUAAGGUGCUCCCUGGUCAUGUGACUUCACUGAAUAUACACACCAACACAAAAUAUGAUGUGACACGAGGCACAAGUCAAUGUAAAAACGAUAACUCGCUCCAACAAUCUUAUCUCGGUUAAAGGAUGAGGAAGUCUUUUUUUUUACGCAUAAAGAGCGCCAAACCAACCAUGUGUGUCUCUCUCUCUGGAUGCUUUCUGACUUCACCAUCCUUCUGUGGCUCUCUGCUAUCUAUGUUGUUCCCAGAUUUCAUCCUAGACCUUACUGAUUUUACACACCUCUACUGUGAGUGGAGUUUCAUCACAGUCAGGUUAGAGGAAAUGUUGCCACACAGGGUACAAUGUUGAGGGUCACCUUUCCUUGGGUAAACUACAAUUUUAAAACCUGCUGACUAUUUUAUUUAUAUUCAAGCACUGGAUUUUUUUCGUGACAUUAAAUAUUUGGAAAGACUUCACAGAGCACGGUUCGUCAUGACUUACCCAGGAGGGGGAUAAGAGCACCCAGUUUAAACAGCAGUGAAAUAACAUUGAAAAGGGCUGGAGAAAAAUGAGUGAAUAUGGACGGAUGAACGCAGCUUCCUUUGUAAAACUUUCUCAUAAAUGGUGUUCAUUAGAGAUGAUUUGCUGAUGCCAAAUAAUGCGAUUGCCUGUUUAUGUUUAUGUUUGUCAUUGUUUCUUCCCAUGAUUGUACCUCCUCUCUCAUUCUUCUGACAUUUUUCAAAAAACUGCCCAUUAUUGUCAUCAAUAAAAUAAGAUGACUAUUGGUGUUAUUACGGCCCUUAAGACAAAUUUGGACAGAAAAUAUAAAAACUGCAACAAAUCUUAAUUGACAUUGAUUACAUAUUUAUCAUGGACAGGCCUUACCACACUGAUUUCUACAUAUUUUGAGAGAACAUUACAGCAUGGAGUUCUGUAAAAUGCAUUAAUUUAUUCCAUUUUGGUAGCAUGUUGUGUGUGUGUAUGUGUGUGUGUGUGUGUGUGUGUGUGUGUGUGUGUGUGUGUGUAUGUGUGCGUGGGUGAGUGAUCCACUGUCAAUUUGUACUGUAUAUAACCAAGGCUGAAAAUGAUACCGGCAUUUGAUCCUGUUUUCAUCACCCCUUCUCUUUUUGUUCUGACAUGUUGAUAGUACAUUUCUGAUUUGUGUUUUAUAUAAAAGUUCUUGGGAAAUAA